UUUUUGUCGGGACUGACGCACACAGUAAAUUCAUGGCCUCGAUCUCGUUAAAGUGAGAUUUUCCUCUAAUACUUUGAAAUUUAAAAGCUAUUCAGUCUCAGGGUCAGACAAUAACAGUAUCAAUCACAGCAUUAUUCGCGAGAAAAUUACUCCUCGUGCGGUCUGUUCUCGUCGGGUCAUAAAAAUCCUCAUUAAAUUCCUCAUACAAAAAUUCCUUGUAGACAGCUAUUUCUUUUUCGUUGUUGUUUUUGCUUGACACGUCAGCUGCUGUGAAACUGAAAUGGUUUUAAGACAUGGAUAAUUUAUGCGAGGAACAUAAUUAUUGACAGUAACACACCGACGACCCUCUUUCAACCGUUUUCAUAGUGCUUGAGGAGAGCGGACGAAGUGUACACAGACUACCGCGCAACAGUAAGUUAGUCGUUAUUUUCUUUACAACAGUGCAUUAUUUCGGCUUCUACUGAUACAAAUUAGGAUAUCCGUCUUACUGCUUAUUCGAGGUAUCAUGAAAACCUGCUCUAAUAAUGUUGCGGCUUAGUUUUAAAGGCGCGUAGCUCCUGAAUGAAAUUUCCUUUCUAGCGCUAGUCAGCUAAGACUCUAUUGUCGACCUGCUUUAGCAAGUGCUAAUCGUCCCUUUUGACAGGUUAUUAGAAUCCCCCACUUUCAGGCUUGAGAGUAGACCACGAUAAACAAAGAACACCCAAGAGAAAAUGAUUUUUCUCUUGGCACACUCAAAUGCUCUACCGACGAAAACUGAAACAGUGUUGGGAUGUUUUGCGCAAGGAAAAUUACUGUACCAGUCAUUCUCGAAUUCCAUUGUUCGGACGUGGCUUGAUUUAGCCCCAGUAAAACUUUAUCAGAUUCUGUUCGAAUGAAUAACAGGAAUAACUCAGGAGUUGACGGAAAAUCGGACAAGACAAUUUAGACCCGCGCGUAUUGCAAGCGAGGUAUAGUGCACUAAAGAUAUAGCUAGUAAUGAAAGACACGUUUCUGUUACGCAGACCCUCAUUAGCUCUUUGAGCUUAUGCCUCACUCCUUCCUAGUUAUCAUAUUAGUUAAACUGUGACGCUCAUUGAGGAAUUUUUCAUCCCGCAUUCCGCCAAACCUGCGUAUUGAAAAUGGCUUUUCUCGGAAUUUCAGGAAAUAUGUCGAGUGUUUUGUAGUUUUCACUUUCCACCCUUUGCAAUGCGAGUUUAGUACAAGGAAUGUUUUAUUUUGUGGCUUUUAUCUUAACCAGUUGAGAAUAAAAAAAUGUGGCUCAGAGUAAUUCCAAACUUAAAGCUUCUCUCGACCUGUUAUAAUGGAAAUAAGGAAGCAUAUCAACGAUCGGACUGCGCAAACUACAUUACGUAGUAACUGACGCAAACAGUAAAUUCACGGCUUCGAUCUCGUUAAAGUGAGAUUUUCCUCUAAUAAGCUUCUAAUAUAUACUUUGAAAUUCAAAAGCUAGUCAGUCGCAGGGUCAGCAAUUAACAACAGUAUGGAACAACAUUGGUCGCGAGAAAAUUUUUCCUUGCGGCGGCCUGUUUUUAUUUCUCUGUGAACAUAGAGAAGGUCAUAAAUUGCCUCAUACAAAUUAAAGAUCCCUUACAGAGAGCAAUUUCUUUCUUUAGUUUCCGCCUUGCUCUUCAGCUGCUGUGAAACUGAAAUGGUGUUAAUGCAUGGAUAAUUUAUGCGAGGAACACAAUUAUUAACAGUAACACACCGACGCCCCACUUCAGUCUUUCUUAAUGCUCGAGGAGAGCGGACAGCUGUUUACAAGCUACUGCACAACAGAUUUGUAGACAAGGAAGAUAUGAACAACAUAGAAGACAUUUUACAAGCCAUCUGUAUUGGCUUGGCUGUUGCUACUUUCCUUCUUAACACUGGUCGUGGUCUCAAAGCCAUUGAGGUCUGCAAAGAAUGUUUGAUUUUCCUAAAUAAUGAAGUACUCAAAAAAGAAGACUACAUUUUCAAUUCAGUUAACAUUGCCAUCUAUAAAACAAUGUUCAUGGCGUACUGUCUUUCAACUGAUUAUACAAAUACAGCAAAAUACGGCUGGAAACUUCUUGAAAUUUACCGCGAGUGUGGCAAAACAGCCGAAGAAGGGAAUCUUACUUUAACAUUGGCCAACAUUUGUGAACAGCAAUUUAAUUAUGCAGAAGCAAGAGAACUUUACAAGAAAGGAAUAAAUAUCAUGAGAGAAAUAGGCCACAGAGAUGGAGAAGCAUACGCUUGUGGGAAGUUUGGAACAAUGUGUUAUCGUCUCAGUGAUUGUGAUAAAGCUAAAGAAUAUUUUGAGAAGGCACUGGCCAUCAGAAUAGAAAUUUGUGACAGAAACGGAGAAGCAAGCUGCUACGCGAACUUAGGAACUGUGUUUGAAUCUCUUAGUAAAUAUGAAAAAGCUGAAGAGUAUCUUGAGAAAGCAGUUGCCAUCAUGGUAGAAAUUGGGGACAGAAACGGAGAAGCAAGCUGUUACGAGAACUUAGCAACUUUGCUUGAAUCUCUUGGUAAAUAUGAUAGAGCUAAAAAAUGUCUUGAGAAAGCAAUUGUGAUCAGAACAGAGAUUGGUGAUAGAGAAGGAGAAGCAGCAGAUUACGGAAACUUAGGAACUGUAUUUCAAUCCCUUGGUGAUUACGAUAAUGCUAAAGAAUAUAUUGAGAAAGCUCUUAAGAUAAAAAUAGAAACCGGUGACAAAGAAGGACAAGCAGAAGAUUACGGAAAUCUAGGAACUUUGUAUGAAUCUCUUUAUGAAUAUGACAAGGCUAAAAAAUGUCACGAGAAAGCACUUGCAAUCACAGUGGAAACUGGUGACAGAGCAGGGGAAGCACUAAAUUACGAAAACUUAGGAGCCGUGCUUCAAUCAGUUUGUGAAUAUGACAAAGCUAAAGAAUAUCUUGAGAAAGCACUGCUCAUCAACACUGAAGUUGGAGACAAAAAAGGGCAAGCAAGUUGUUACGGAAACUUAGGAGUUGUGUUUGGAUCUCUUGGUAAAUAUAACAAAGCCAAAGAGUAUCUUGAGAAAGCACUUGUGAUACGAAUUGAAACCUGUGACAGAGCAGGAGAAGCAGCAGACUACGAAAACUUAGGAAUUGUAUUUCAAUCUCUUGGUGAAUAUGUCAAGUCUAAAGAAUAUCUUGAGAAAGCGCUGGCGAUCAGGAUAGAAAUUGGUGACAGAGCAGGAGAAGCAGCAUGUUACGGAAACAUAGGGGCUGUGUUGAAGUCUCUUUGUGAAUACGACAAAGCCAAGGAACAUCUUGAGAACGCAAUUGCAAUCAGAAUUAAAAUAAGUGACAGAAAAGGAGAAGCAACAGAUUACGUAAACUUAGGAACUGUAUUUCAAUCCCUUGGUGAAUGUGGCAAAGCUAAAGAAUAUUACGAGAAAGCACUUGCCAUCACAAUAGAUAUUGGUGACAGAAAAGGAGCAGCAAGCUGUUACGGACACUUAGGAACUGUAUUUGAAGCUCUUGGUGAAUAUGUCAAAACUAAAGAAUAUCUUGAGAAAGCACUUGUGAUCAGGAUAGAAAUUGGCGACAGAGCAGGACAAGCAGCAAAUUACAACAACUUAGGAGCGAUGUUUGAAUCUCUUGGUGAAUAUGACAAAGCUAAAGGAUAUCUGGAGAAGGCACUGGCUAUGACAAUAGAUAUUGGUGAUAAAAGGGCAGUGGGAAGGUGUUACGGGAACUUAGGAACUGUGUUUCAGUCGCUUGGUGAAUAUGACGAAGCUAAAAAAUACCUUGAGAAAGCACUUGCAAUCGGAAGAGAAAUUGGUGACAGACAAGGAGAAGCACGUUGCUAUGGAAACUUAGCAUCUCUGUCGAAAUCUCUUGGUCAAUAUGACAAAGCUGAAGAAUACCUUGAGAAAGCGCUUGCCACCCAAAUAGAAAUUGGUGACAGAUAUGGAGAAGCAAGCUGCUAUGGAAACUUAGGAACUCUGUUAAGAUAUCUUGGUGAAUAUGACGAAACCAAAGAAUAUAUUGAGAAAGCACUUGCGAUCAGAAUUGAAAUUGGUGACAGAAAAGGAGAAGCAGCGGAUUACGGCCACUUAGGAGUUAUGUAUCAAUGUGUUGGUCAAUAUGACAAAGCUAAUGAAUAUCUUGAGAAAGCACUUGCGAUCAGAAUUGAAAUUGGUGACAGAAAAGGAGAAGCAGCAGAUUACGGAAACUUAGGAACUAUGUUUCAAUCUCUUGGUGAAUACGACAGAGCAAAAGAAUAUAUUCAGAAAGCACUUGCGAUCAGGAUAGGAAUUGGUGACAGAGAAGGAGAAAUAGUAGAUUACGGAAACUUAGGAGCUGUGUUUCGAUCUCUUGGUGAAUAUGACAAGGCUGAAGAUUACCUUGAGAAGGCACUUUCAAUUGCUCAAGAUAUUGGAAACAUUCGCGGCGAGAUUCAAUCUAAUUGCAGCCUUUCAAUGGUAAAGUUGUUGCAAGGGAAGAUCCAGGAGGCUUUUGACUGUCUGCUCCUGAGUAUGGACAAAAGCGAGCGUUUGCGUGGUUUUCUUAGAGACAACGAUAAGUUUAAAAUAUCGUUUUCCGACGUUCACGAUUUUCCUUAUCGGACUCUUAGUUUAUUGGUUUGUUUUUUUGGGAGUCCCAACGAUGCUCUUUAUGUUCUAGAGCUGGCAAAAGCAAGAGCUUUAGCUGACUUGAUGACGACUCAGUACUCCGUUAAAUGGCAAAUCUCAGCUAACCCAAAGACAUGGUAUGGUAUUGAGAAUAUUAUGAAGAAGGAGCGUAACUGUACAUGCUUGUACAUUUCUUACGAAGCUCAACAUUUGUUUUUGUGGAUUCUCAAAACAAGCGGUGUCAUUCAUUUUCGAAAAAAAAGAGUAGACGAGAGCAUUGUUGGUACAGAAUCACUUGGUAGUUUAGAUGAAUUCUUUGAUAAAAACUUUCGAAGUUUUGGUAUUUUACCCGAGGAAGAUUGCGAAGAUCGCUCUUUAAGUCCCAUUGAGCCAGAACCGAAGUCAUACCAAGAUGAGGGCCUCUCGGCUUUGCGACUUGUAGAAGAUGAUAACGAAGAGAGUCAGAAUCCCGAAUCACCACUUUCUUUGUGUCACAGAAUGCUCAUCGGUUCUGUAGCUGACUUGCUACAGGAGCGCGAAAUCAUGAUUGUUCCUGAUCUUUCCUUGAACCGAGUUCCAUUUGCGGCAUUGAGCGACGAAAAUGGAAAGUGUUUAUCCGAGACUUUCAGGAUUCGCAUUGUUCCUUCUUUGACGACUCUCAAGCUGAUUCAGGACAGUCCUGCAGACUACCACAAUCAGACUGGCGCCCUAGUAGUGGGGGAUCCAGAUGUUGGUAAAGUGCGUUACAAGGGAAGCAAAACGAAGUUUUCCAGGUUACCCUAUGCAGGAAAUGAAGCAGCCAUGAUUGGGCGACUGCUGGGUGUCCAGCCUUUGUUAGGCCAACAUGCAACAAAGCAGGCGGUACUUGAAAGAUUACAUUCAGUGGGUCUGGUUCAUUUUGCUGCACAUGGAAAUGCCGAAAGAGGAGAAAUUGCCCUUUCUCCCGUGCGCUCUUCCAAUAAGAUUCCAAAAGAAGCUGAUUACCUAUUGAUGAUGUCUGACAUUGCACAGGCUCAACUGCGAGCUAAACUGGUGGUACUUAGCUGCUGUCAUAGUGCACGUGGACAGAUCAGAGCCGAGGGAGUUAUUGGAAUUGCUCGGGCGUUCUUAGGAUCCGGUGCACGGUCAGUACUGGUGGCACUUUGGGCAAUAAGCGACACUGCUACAGAGCAGCUGAUGUGUCGUUUCUACGAGCAUCUUGUUCGAGGGGAGAGUGCCAGUGAAUCUCUUCAUCAGGCCAUGAAAUGGAUGAGAGGUAACGGCUUUUCCAAGGUUUGCGAAUGGGCACCAUUUGUACUGAUUGGAGAUGACGUGACGUUCGAGUUUGGAAAACAAGAAUAAUAAGAGUAAGUUUCCUUGAAUUAGAAAAGAUCUGAUAUUUCGCUCGGCUCAAGCCGGCAAUAACCUUUAACUUGAACCUGUAAAAACUGCGUUUCAAUACAAAUAGUGCGAUCCAAAUUGUGGUAGCCAAUUUGCAACGAGACUUCAAUCAUUGAAAUGUAGGACGGUUUCGUCAGAUUUUCAGUAUAUUUAUACUCUCGCCAGCUAUCACAGCUGUUAUAAACCGUUGAACUGUUAAUAGCCUCGUGCAUCAGACGGAAUGAUCGCACCUUGCUUCUCACGGGAAGGUUAAGCAGUUGAGGUUAUUUUACCCUGUUUAGAUGAGGGAGCAAAUUAAUUUAUUCGGCGAGCGAAUCUGUUACAGAGGCACUGAUUAGUUAUUUUCAUGUUCUGUUUCAGAGACAGUCUGUGACUGACUGGGUAAUUUUUCCGUUCUUGCGUGAACCCAAAACAACAGCCGUGUCUUCCAGGUAGUCAAAUCUAAAAUAGCCUCCACGGACUACCAUUCUUAUUUAUUUUCAAGCCCCUGGCUUGUUGUGUGAAUAUAAAAAACUUGAAUCGAACGGUCAAUAAUUCCGUCACAAGACUGAUUUGUAAAACAGUGGAGAAGUGAUAAGUGACCAGUAAGUGAGUGAGUAGUCAGUAGCAGUGAUCAAUACCUGAUUUCCCGAUAAAAAAAACCCACUAUAUUGUCCUCAGAGAGGUGAUAAGAUAAUAGGAAAUCAUCAAGUAGGAGAUAUUGUCUGGAAGUAACACUACAUUCUCAGAGCUUACGAUAACAAAAAUGUUUUGAGCUGAGUAACAAGACCCCAGAAGGGGUGGGGGAGGGAGAAAGUGGAGGAACCUUACGUGGAUUGCAUCGAGCAGACGCACGCUCAGCAUGAAAAAAGGUUAUUUCUUCCUACUAACUCAAAGUCAGCUCCUUUUCCAUCCAGGGUCACUUUUUACCAAUUUUGUGAUUUCUCAUUUAAGCAGUUUCCAGUUAGCUCUGUAUCGAAAUGUAUCAAAGGUCUCGAGUGACUCGUUAUGGGGGCACAAUAUUUCUCCAUGUAGGUAGGCCCUCAGCUUAUCCAGGGUUGGCGUGACGCUUCAUUUCAUUUUUUCAGCCUGAAAAAUCAGUUUUAAUCUUUUUAUUUUUGUCCGUCAGUUUUUGAUUAAAGUACGAGAAGUGAAAAACAAUUUUGCACAAAUUAGAGGAGCUGAAAAAAAAA